AUGAAUAAAAAGAGAAGAAGGGCAGAAUGGAGAGGAGGGGCAUUGGUGGAGAUGAGGAUGAGAGAGAAUGAGGGUAUCCACAUUUCGGCAAGUGCUGUUGGUGGGCCACGGAGACGCCCAACACUUGAUUCAAAAACAUUAGUCACAAAACUAAUAUACUUCCAUUCCGCAGCCUCUCAACACUACGACCCCACUAAGACCAUCAAGGAAAUCUCGGAGUACGACUUGAACACCUCGAUAUCCCGCGGGCUCUACCUGAUGAAUGUGAGCCUGGAUAUCGAGUCCCAGAUUUAUCGGGGGGAGCUGAAUGGGUUCGAGGUUCCCCUGUGGAUCGGGUCGAGGGAGCUCCAGCAGUUUGUGUACAUGGACACUGCAAGCAGCCUGUUGUGGGUGAACUGCGAGCCGUGUGGGAUCCGUGUGCCGGGGCCCGUGUACGACCCCACGUACUCCAUCUUCUACAAGGUGGAGAGCUGCCAAGGCAGAGAUGAUGUGUGUGACUUAUCGGGCGCCAUCUCGAUUGAUUGUGGAGGCAAGGAUGUAAAUCUCAGGGGCUGCAAUUACGUGGUAAAUAUAUNGCUGGGCCAUGUCCCCAUCUCCUUCAUCUCACAGUACAAAGCUUCCAAGUUCUCCUACUGCAUCGGGGACUUGAGUGAUGGCACAUACGCAUACAACAUGCUGGCCAUCGGGGACAAGGUCCAGUUGUGGGGCGCAAAAACCUUGUUGUCAGUGGAGGACAAGUACUACAUCAACCUGGUGCACAUCGCCAUCGGGAAGACCUGGCUCAAGUUUGACAAACAUACAUUGCGCAGGAAUCCCUCGACCUACACGGGUGGUAUGGUGGUUGAUUCCGGUUCAACACUCAGCUUCAUCCCCCAGAAGCUCCUCACCCAAUUCGAGAUCACCACUAAGCGCGUUAUCGAGGAUGAGCUGCGCCUCCCCCUCCCCCCUGUCUACACCGUCAUCCACCAGCGCUACCCCAGGCUUUGCUAUCGCGGGGUUGUGGCCAAAGACCUCAAUCGCUUCCCAAUCGUCACCUUUCAUUUCCAGGACCUCGCCUACAUGCAGCUCACCCCGGAUAAUGUUUUCCAGCAGGUCGAAGACCAAAUCUUCUGCCUCGCCAUCCUGCCCUCCGAGAUCCUCCAAACCACCGUCAGCAUUCUCGGCAAUAUUAUGCAGCAAAAUUUCAACAUUUCUUAUGACCUUCAACUCAAGAAACUCGCAUUCAAGAGGAUGUCUUGUAAAAUUGUCGAGGAUUAUUAUGGUCAUGAUGAGUUGUGA